CAUAUUAUUUCGAUUCGAAUUGGCAAAUGAUUACUCAUUGAUUGUACUCGUUUGUGUUGACUUCGCGCGUUUCAUUUAUUGAAAAUUAUUUACAACAAUGGUCACCCAAAAUUUUCACGGUGUUCGAGUUCUUUUGGUUGCUGGUGUAUUAUUGAUCAACAAAUUGAAUGUCGUUGAUGGAGAACCACCUCCUUUUUCGUCAUUGUGCGUGGAGCCUUAUGCACCAUUUGAUGAAACUGGUCCUUCCAUAGAACCUGGGAACCAACCGACCAAACCAUCACCACCACCGACACCACCACAAUUUAUCGGAGUUACAGAACCUUGGAACCAACCUACCAAACCAACACCACCACCGACACCACCUCAAUUUGUCGGAGGUGUUAUAGAACCUUGGAACCAACCAAUUCCUCCUACACCACCACCAUCAUGCAAGAAAGAUAAUGCUAUUAACGUGAAAUACGAUACCAAAUCACCGGGGGGCGAAUUGGCGAUCAAAUUUUCAUACGAUGAAAACAUCGACCAAGGGAAAAUGAACGUUAUGAUUUCAUACGAGACGGAAACUGAACCCGCAGCCAAGUUCUUCAAAGAACAAUUCACCGAUGAACUCGUACAAGGGUUCAGCAAAUGUGGUGUCAUCAAGUGGGACACCGUGCCAUGCUCCAUUUCCAAGAUGAAAGAUGGCCAAUUGUUUUGUCCUCAAGGUGCCAAACAAUGCGAAUUUGAUCAGAUACACGCUUGCGCAGAAAAUAUAUACAAAGAAGAUCCGCAGAAGAUGGCUUUAUUCGUCAUUUGCUUCUUUACCCAGAAUAACAAUGCUCAAGAAUGCGCCACCAAAAAUGGUAUGGUAUACGAUGAAAUAUGGAAGUGUGUGAGUGUUCAUGGAACUGACCUUUGUGACCUGUGUCAUCGGCAUAGCAGUGAUAAAGGGUUAGUUAAGACACCAAAUGAACCUCCGAAUCCGGUAGUUGAUCCAGGAUAUGGUAUUCAACCCGUAACAGACGACGACGUCUAUUAUCCAGACAAGAACAGCGGAUCUCUGCAGGGAACACCUCAUCCAGAUACAGUAGCAACUCCAGGAGUUCUAAAUCCAGUACCCCAUGACGAUCCUCCAAGUCCAGGAGGGAAUCCGAAUUUAGAUGGAAUAGCUGAUUUCAAAGGUGCUUUGUGCGCCAAAUUGGACGAAGGGAAGCUUAAAAAAUGUGAAUUUUGCUUCUGCUAAAUCACACUGUAGAUUGAAAAUUCACUUCAUGGCAAAAAUUCGUUAUAAUUACAUACUAGAAUAAAAAUGUACACAAUCCAGUGAACCAAUUCCAUAAAAUCCUUUGUGAACUACAUUUAUGUAAUUGCAGCGUUAUCUUCAUCAGCUUGACUCUAUGAUCAGUUAGUCGAUAAGAUUUCAAUAAAGUAUGUUCUA